AUGGCUCCUCCAAUGACGAAUUGCUUAACGUUUUCUCUGUCACCAAUGGAGAUGUUGAAAUCAACUGAUCAGUCUCACUUCUCUUCUUCUUACGACGAUUCUUCUACUCCUUAUCUCAUCGAUAACUUCUAUGCUUUCAAAGAAGAAGCUGAGAUAGAAGCUGCUGCUGCUUCAAUGGCGGAUUCAACAACCUUAUCUACUUUUUUCGAUCAUUCUCAGACUCAGAUUCCAAAGCUGGAAGAUUUCCUCGGUGAUUCCUUUGUCCGUUACUCUGAUAACCAAACAGAGACCCAAGACUCUUCUUCUCUCACUCCAUUCUACGAUCCACGUCACCGCACCGUUGCCGAAGGAGUUACAGGGUUCUUCUCUGAUCAUCAUCAGCCAGAUUUCAAGACGAUAAACUCGGGACCAGAAAUCUUCGAUGACUCAACAACUUCCAACAUCGGUGGUACUCAUCUCUCCAGUCACGUGGUGGAGUCAUCAACGACGGCGAAGUUAGGGUUUAACGGUGAUUGCACCACCACCGGAGGAGUUUUGUCUCUAGGGGUUAACAACACAUCAGAUCAACCUUUGAGCUGUAACAAUGGCGAGAGAGGUGGAAACAGUAACAAGAAGAAAACAGUUUCUAAGAAGGAAACAUCAGAUGAUUCAAAGAAGAAGAUUGUCGAAACAUUGGGACAAAGAACUUCAAUUUAUCGUGGAGUCACCCGACAUAGAUGGACUGGAAGAUACGAAGCGCAUCUAUGGGAUAACAGCUGUAGGAGGGAAGGUCAAGCCAGAAAAGGACGUCAAGUGUACUUAGGUGGAUAUGACAAGGAAGAUAGAGCAGCUAGAGCCUAUGACUUGGCAGCUUUAAAAUACUGGGGUUCUACUGCUACUACAAAUUUUCCGGUCUCGAGUUAUUCAAAAGAACUUGAGGAAAUGAAUCACAUGACCAAGCAAGAGUUUAUUGCAUCUCUUAGGAGGAAAAGUAGCGGUUUUUCGAGAGGAGCUUCAAUAUAUAGAGGUGUCACAAGGCAUCAUCAACAAGGUCGCUGGCAAGCAAGAAUCGGCCGUGUCGCAGGAAACAAAGAUCUUUACCUCGGAACCUUUGCAACCGAAGAGGAAGCAGCAGAGGCUUAUGACAUUGCAGCCAUAAAGUUCAGAGGAAUCAACGCAGUAACUAACUUUGAGAUGAACAGGUAUGACAUUGAAGCUGUCAUGAAUAGUUCUUUACCUGUAGGAGGAGCAGCUGCGAAACGCCACAAACUCAAACUCGCUCUUGAAUCUCCUUCUUCAUCAUCCUCUGACCAUAACCUCCAACAACAACAGUUGCUUCCGUCCUCUUCUCCCUCGGAUCAAAACCCUAACUCAAUCCCAUGUGGCAUUCCAUUUGAGCCUUCAGUUCUCUAUUACCACCAGAACUUCUUUCAGCAUUAUCCUUUGGUCUCUGACUCUACAAUUCAAGCUCCUAUGAACCAAGCUGAGUUUUUCUUGUGGCCUAACCAGUCUUACUAAAUCAUUUGGUUCGUUCUUGCUUAGACUUCUAUUCACCGCACUAACCGAUGACCCGAGGCUUAUCUUCUUGAUUCUGGCUAUAAGGAUGAAUCUUUCAAGUUCCUUUUUUAACUGUAGGCUAAGACAGAAGUAGAGGGGAGAAAAGUUGAAGAAUCUGA